UGUGUUUCAAGUUCUAAUACUAUUAUUUGUUAGGUUAGCUGUUGUUUUGUUUUAUUUAUAUUGAUAUUGAUAUUAAUAUUAAACUUUUAGAUAUAUUUCUGUUUACCCACUUGAGUUUUCUGUUGUGCUGUGAGUAAGACCGUAUAAUUUGUCAUUUCUUGGAGUUUGACAGGAAGGUAUGUUUCACUGUCCGAUACGAUUUUGUUCGUUUUUUCUUCACCGAGAUGCAGCCGUGUUGUGUUGUACGCAUUCGGUGAGGGGAGUAGUUGGCUGUAAGACCUUACGUGGCAGAGCGCUGGAGUCUUGUAGCUGUCACACCCAAGCAGCGUGUCCGGUCGAUGUUACGGGUGGACAGGUGACAGCGGUUACUUCAACCGGUGUCGCGACAGCAUCUUCCGCCAACGUUCCAGGGUUGCCCUCUCGAUUAGCAGUGUGUUCCAUGGGAAGUACCACUAGCAGAUUAUACAGUGCCCUGGCUCAGACAUUAAGUAACAGCCAGUUGGCUGAGCCUUCACACCUUGGCGAGGACCCUGAGCAGGAAGAUGCAGAUCUCCUUGAUCCCCAGGAGAUGCUAAAAGAAUGCCAAGCGGUGCUCCAUAAACGGCCUCCAAGGCUGAAAAGAAGUUUUGUAUACCCGGGACAGCACUGUACCAGCAAUCAUCCUAUUAGAGUGAUGCAGUGGAAUAUACUGGCUCAAGCCCUUGGAGAAGGAAAAGACAAUUUUAUUCAGUGCCCAAGGGAAGCCUUAAACUGGGAAGAGAGAAAAUAUCUUAUCCUUGAAGAAAUACUCACAUACCAUCCAGAUGUUUUAUGUUUGCAAGAAGUGGACCACUAUUUUGACACGUUCCAGCCAAUACUCAGCAAGCUUGGUUACAAGUGUACCUUUCUUCCAAAGCCAUGGUCACCGUGUCUAGAUGUUGAGGCAAACAAUGGACCAGAUGGUUGUGCUUUGUUUUUUUGCAGAGACCGAUUUGAACUUGUAGACAGUGCUAAUAUUAGACUAACAGCUAUGAUGUUAAAAACAAAUCAAGUGGCCAUUGUUCAAACACUUAAGUGCCUAAAAACAGGAGGACUGUUGUGUGUUGCUGUCACUCAUUUGAAAGCCCGAGUAGGAUGGGAGAGAUUUCGAUCUGCUCAAGGUUGUGAUCUUCUCCAUAGUCUUCAAGAUCUCUCUAAAGGCUCAAGAGUGCCUUUGAUAGUUUGUGGAGAUUUCAAUGCAGAGCCAUCAGAAGAUGUUUAUAAACAGUUUGCCACCUCAAGCCUUAACCUGAAUAGUGCUUAUAAGCUUUUGAGUGAAGACCACCAAUCUGAACCUCCUUAUACAACUUGGAAAAUUCGUCCAUCUGGAGAAUGCUGCCAUACUCUAGAUUACAUCUGGUAUUCCCAGCAUGCUCUUAAUGUGGACUCCAUCCUUAGCCUGCCUACGGAGGAACAAAUUGGACCUAACAGAUUACCAUCAUUCAGUUACCCUUCAGAUCAUUUGUCUCUGGUGUGUGACUUCAGUUUCAGCAAAAAUCCUGACACACUUUUAUAGCUAAAGUCUUGUUGGAUAAAACUGCUUUAGAAUCAUUCAUAGCAAGACUGAAGUGCUGUUUGUGCGGUAGGGUUGUUGGAGCUCAUGCUGUAACUGGGCUUUUGAUUGUCAAAAUUUUGCUUGUUUUGUUUCACCAUUUAGGUUUUGGGAAGCAAUUUCUAUAGACUCAGUUUAAUUGUGAACACUUAAUAUCCAGUAUAUCUGGUAGGCUUAAACCAUUUAAAACCAUCAUGCUUUGUACCAUAAUCCUAACCUAAAUGUUACUAAAAAUAACUGUAAUUAAAACCUUUAAAUUGCAUGUUUGUGAUGGGAAGGCAAGCCAUUGUAAAGUUGAUUUGAAGCUGCUUAAAAAGGAAGCCCUAAAUCUUAUGUACAAGUAAUAUGUAUUUGGGUAUGUAGGCCAAGUUAUGAUUGUCUCUGCAGUGGAUUAUUUAGAACCCACAUAGUAAGUAAUUGUACAUGUUGGGAAAGGUGAACAACUUUACCUGAAUCACUCAACUAUUAACAAUUCUUUUUAUGGCCAUCAGCUUAAUAAGCUGCUGUUGUAUUCAGUCGAUCAUGCCGUCCCUGAAUGACUUUAGUUAGCAGUAGUAAAAUGUAAACUUUGAAUGCUUCUAAAUGGUAUUGUGCUUAUGUUAGAAACCAAGUCUGUAGUCUAGUUCCCUGUUGCAGUUCCCUGUUGCUAGAAAGUCUGUGUGCUUUUACCAUCGGGGAAAGUAUUUUAAAACUCUACCUUAAAUGCCUUUGGUCUCUUCAGCUCCGGCUUUAUGCUGUUUAUUGUAAAAGUUGUGAACCCGCAAGACAGUACUGUGAUGCAGAGGGAUAAAGCACUGACUUGUACCCCAGGUGACCUCUGUUUUUGUGUCCCAGGCACCAAGGAAAUGGCUUGGGAGGGGUGGUGGUGAUUGGUAACGUUGGCUUACCACUUCUCAGAAGAGUGGUUAAUACUUUUCUUGCUGCAGAAGCUUUGUAUUCAGGUUGGUCAGCAAGCAUAUAACGCAUGUAGGAAAGUAGCAUGUGGGGGGGGGUGCUAGCGUUCCUAGGAAGGCAUUGCUGUGUAGGUCAACACAGUGAGUUUAAGGAAGGGUACACAUAUUCAUGGGCAGUGUGACUGGCGUAUUGCCCAUGCCAGCCAAUGGGGGGGAUGCAAAAUAUAAAACUGCCUGCCCACUCUCUUCUACUUUACCCCCGAACCCCCAGCUUUCCUAGUGUCAGUGGACCCCCUGGUAUAGAAAGAAAGAGUAUUGGAUUUGAUGGUUUCAGGGAAGGUGGUUUCAGGAAAGGUGGGUAGUGUUCAUCUGUGAGAUCCUGGCAGAGGUUUGUAAAAAUAAGAAGUUGGUGAUGUCUGAAUGCAUGUGUCUGUUUUAUGACUAUGUUUCUGUCAGAUUGAGGCAUAAAUACUGGUUAUUGGUCCGCUAAUACAUCUGCACUGGUCUUAAAUAAUUGGAACACGUGUUUAUUGGUUUCUGGAGGUAUGUAAUUCAGUAAACCAAACAUGUUAAAUACAUUUGUACAGAUGUUUUAACUUUAUUUGACCUUGGAGGUGAAGGCUAGCAUAUAACUUUAAUGUGUUUGAGCAUGUUUGACAUUGCAGCUUAUAUUUGUUACCUUAUAAACUAGCUGCAAGGAGUAUCUAGAUAAAUUUAAAAGUAACAUUUAAGUUGUGUCCCAAACUCUGCAGUGCAAUUACAUCAGUGUUUGUGGUCCCUUUUAUCUGCUCUCUAGAAUCCUGCAGCUCAGUCUUUCUAAUUCCACAUUAAAACAAGCUAGUUUUGCCUUUUGUAAGAACAUUUUGUGCUAUUGCCCUUCCUGCUAGUGUUCUGCAUGUUGUGACCGCCGUACUAUGUUUGUGCUACAGCAGAAUUUCUUAAGACAGCUUGGCUGACCAAUAUCUGUAAAAGGUAGGUUUAAAUUCCCAGCAUGUGAGGAAUCGCAUAAAUAGUAGUGGUAACAUUCACAUGCUUUGUGCACAGCCUGGGGAAUACAAGAAAAUGGCUUUCUCAACUUUAUACUGUUCUGUUGAAGUAGAGUAGCUUUAAUUGAGGACUUGAAACGAUACUAAUUCUCUGAGUACAUGUCUUAAUAAUUGAUAACUGGUUCAAAAUCAAAAUUUGAUGUACAGAAAUAUUUUCUUAACCACUACAGCAGUUCACAUUGCAUUUAAUAGUGUAAUAAUCCUGAACUUUUUGUGAAAAAUUGUGUUCUCUUAUGAUUUGCUGAAAAGGCUGAGCUGUGAUUAGAUGACAUUGCAGAGGACUAAUACUAAACUAUUACCAAACCACUUCUGUAAUCCACAGUUUUGUUUCCUCUGCUUCUGUGUGCCUACUUUGUGAUUCUGAGCAAGGCAGUGCUCCAAGACUUGCCCAUGAAGAGUCAUUUUAGGUCAACUGGGGUUGCCCAAUUAACAUAGAGAAAAAUGUAGCUACGUACUGUGAUUUGCCGUAACUUUUGAUUUAUUCCUUCAGUGGAGGUAAGAUCACCUCUCUUUCUGAAGGAAGGACCAAUUACCCAAAGUAUAACAAGUAUAAAUCUCUGAAUGUAAAAGCAUCUUCCAUGUUGCUAACUUUUGUACUUGUAGCCGAGAGAGAUUUACCACUCCCCGAGUGUGCUUUAAAACGUAAAGACCCCCCGCCCCAAACAAAAGUGUUCUCUUGCAUUUUAUACAUGUGAACACUCCUGUUGCAAAAUAUUUUUCUUUUACAAGCGCAGGUUUAAAAAAAAAAGUCUACACAGUCUCCCCUGAACGCAGAAGUCCAAGUCGACUUCUCUCUGUCUUGAAAUAAAUUGGCAUGCAAGCAGCAAGCAGCACAAAAGUGUAAUUGUAAGACUUUUUUCCCCUAAUGUUAAUGUAACAGACUGGCAGUUACAUAAUUCUUCACAGUUGUUGGCUUUGUAGUUUAAACCUUUUAAAGGUUUUACAUUAACUCCUUAAAACAACUAUUGAGUGUUCGCGUGCAUUAAAAAGCAUGCAGACACACCAUUUUUUUGCAAAGUAAAGAUGCAGAAAAUACAUUUGCAGAUCUUAAGUAUGUGGUGCGGGUUUUGUUUAAAUUUUUUCUUUUUCAGUGCUUUUGUGUAGCUUCUUAAGGUCACUUAAUGUGUACAGUCUUGUUUUGCGUUUGAAUUAGUUACAGUUUACCUUAUUUAUUUUUGCAUAUGACAGUGAUGGUUCAUAACUUUUUUUAUGACAAUUAUGCACUUUAAAAGUUCCUGUAGAAUAGUAUUAUUGUAAGAGUAACUUGAAAAACAUUUCAGAUUGUAUGUAAAAAUCAUGAUAAAAUAAGUAAUAAAACCAACAUUAUUAAGAAUGA